AUAUUCACCGGCAUCUACACGUUCGAAUCAGCUGUAAAAGUGAUGGCGCGAGGUUUCAUAUUACAACCGUUUACUUAUCUUAGAGAUGCAUGGAAUUGGUUGGACUUCGUAGUAAUAGCAUUAGCAUAUGUAACUAUGGGUAUAGAUUUGGGUAAUCUCGCUGCAUUGAGAACAUUCAGGGUACUACGAGCUCUCAAAACGGUGGCCAUCGUUCCAGGUCUCAAGACCAUCGUCGGCGCCGUCAUCGAGUCCGUUAAGAAUCUCAGAGAUGUGAUAAUUUUAACCAUGUUUUCGUUAUCGGUGUUUGCUUUAAUGGGGCUGCAGAUCUACAUGGGCGUGCUGACGCAGAAGUGCAUCAAGGAGUUCCCGAUGGACGGUUCCUGGGGGAACCUGACGGCCGAAAACUGGGAACGGCACAACAAUAACGACUCCAAUUGGUAUUUCUCGGAAACCGGGGACACGCCCCUUUGCGGAAAUUCGUCGGGUGCUGGUCAAUGUGAGGAAGGAUAUAUUUGUUUACAAGGUUAUGGAGAUAAUCCAAAUUACGGGUAUACAAGUUUUGAUACUUUCGGAUGGGCAUUCUUAUCUGCCUUUCGUCUCAUGACCCAAGAUUAUUGGGAGAAUUUAUAUCAACUGGUGUUACGAUCAGCUGGACCGUGGCACAUGCUCUUCUUCAUUGUGAUUAUCUUCUUGGGUUCGUUCUACCUUGUAAAUUUGAUCUUGGCCAUUGUCGCCAUGUCGUACGACGAACUCCAGAAGAAGGCCGAAGAGGAAGAGGCCGCCGAGGAAGAAGCGCUUCGGGAGGCGGAAGAAGCGGCUGCAGCGAAAGCGGCCAAACUGGAAGCCCAUGCGGCGGCAGCGGCAGCCGCAGCAAACCCGGAGAUCGCCAAAAGCCCGUCGGACUUUUCCUGCCACAGCUACGAGCUGUUCGUGGGCCAGGAGAAGGGCAACGACGACAACAACAAGGAGAAGAUGUCGAUCCGGAGCGAAGGAUUGGAGUCGGUGAGCGAAAUCACAAGAACAACCGCACCAACAGCUACUGCAGCUGGCACUGCAAAAGCCCGUAAAGUGAGCGCGGGAGUCGCGGUCUUUCCGAAGGCUUCACUUUCAUUACCUGGUUCACCAUUUAAUCUUCGUAGAGGAUCUAGAGGAUCACAUCAGUUUACGAUACGUAACGGUAGAGGACGUUUCGUGGGCGUACCUGGUAGCGAUAGAAAACCACUGGUACUCUCAACAUAUCUCGAUGCACAAGAACAUUUGCCAUACGCCGACGACUCGAACGCGGUGACGCCGAUGUCGGAGGAAAAUGGUGCAAUCAUCGUUCCAGUAUACUAUGCUAAUUUAGGUUCGCGACAUUCAUCCUACACAUCGCAUCAAUCGCGCAUCUCGUACACAUCGCACGGGGACCUGCUCGGGGGCAUGACGAAGGAGAGCCGACUGCGGAACCGGUCCGCCCGGAACACGAACCACUCGAUCGUGCCGCCGCCGAACGUGGCCGGCUCGGGUGGUGGCCCGAACAUGGCCUACGCGGACACCAACCACAAGGGGCAGCGAGAUUUUGCUAUGUCACAAGACUAUACAGACGAAGCUGGCAAAAUAAAACACAACGACAAUCCUUUCAUCGAGCCCUCUCAAACCCAAACCGUAGUAGAUAUGAAAGACGUGAUGGUGUUAAACGACAUCAUCGAGCAAGCUGCUGGUCGGCAUAGUAGAGCUAGUGAUCAUGGAGUCUCUGUUUACUACUUCCCCACAGAGGACGACGACGAGGACGGUCCGACGUUCAAGGACAAGGCGCUAGAGUUCACGAUGAAGAUGAUCGACAUCUUCUGCGUCUGGGACUGCUGCUGGGUCUGGCUCAAGUUCCAGGAGGGCGUGUCGUUCAUCGUGUUCGAUCCGUUCGUCGAGCUGUUCAUCACGCUCUGCAUCGUGGUCAAUACGUUAUUCAUGGCCCUGGACCAUCACGACAUGGACACGGACAUGGAGAAGGCCCUCAAGAGUGGUAACUAUUUUUUUACUGCGACCUUCGCGAUCGAAGCGACGAUGAAGCUGAUAGCGAUGAGUCCCAAGUACUACUUCCAGGAGGGUUGGAACAUUUUCGAUUUCAUCAUCGUGGCGCUGUCGCUGCUCGAGUUGGGUCUCGAGGGCGUUCAGGGAUUGUCAGUGUUGCGAUCAUUCCGUUUGCUUCGAGUGUUCAAGCUGGCCAAGUCCUGGCCCACGCUGAAUUUGCUCAUCUCGAUCAUGGGCCGCACGGUGGGUGCCCUCGGAAAUCUGACCUUUGUCCUGUGUAUCAUCAUCUUCAUCUUCGCCGUCAUGGGAAUGCAACUGUUCGGCAAAAACUAUCUAGAUAACAUGGACCGCUUCCCGGACAAGGGAAUGCCCCGGUGGAACUUCACCGACUUCAUGCACUCGUUCAUGAUCGUGUUCCGGGUGCUGUGCGGGGAGUGGAUCGAAUCCAUGUGGGACUGCAUGCUGGUGGGCGACGUGUCCUGCAUUCCGUUCUUCUUGGCCACCGUAGUGAUAGGAAAUUUAGUCGUACUUAACCUUUUCUUAGCCUUGCUUUUGUCCAAUUUCGGUUCAUCGAGUUUGUCCGCACCGACGGCGGACAACGAAACGAACAAGAUCGCGGAAGCGUUCAACCGGAUAUCCCGGUUCUCGAACUGGAUCAAGACCAACGUCGCCAGCGCGCUCAAGUUCGUGAAAAACAAGUUAACAAGCCAGAUUGCGUCGGUGCAGCCCGCAGGUGAGCAGCUCAAUCAACUCAGUUGGAUAUGGAACGAAGGCAAAAGGAUAUGUCCAUGUAUAUCUGCAGAGCAUGGUGAAAAUGAGCUGGAAUUAACUCCAGAUGAACUGCUGGUGGACGGACUGCUGAAAAAGGGCGCCAAGGAGCACAACCAGCUGGAGGUGGCCAUCGGCGACGGGAUGGAGUUCACGAUCCACGGGGACCUCAAGAACAAGGGCAAGAAGAACAAGCAGCUGAUGAACAAUUCCAAGGUGAUAGGCAAUUCUAUUAGUAACCAUCAAGAUAAUAAAUUAGAGCACGAACUGAAUCAUAGAGGCAUGUCCUUGCAGGACGAUGAUACUGCCAGUAUAAAGUCCUAUGGCAGUCACAAAAAUCGCCCGUUCAAGGACGAAAGCCACAAGGGCAGCGCCGAAACGCUCGAGGGCGAAGAGAAGCGGGACGCCAGCAAGGAGGACCUAGGAAUUGACGAAGACGACGAAUGCGAUGGCGAGGAAGGUCCCCUGGACGGAGAACUGAUCAUCCACGCCGACGAGGACGAAGUGAUAGAGGACUCGCCGGCCGACUGCUGUCCGGACAACUGCUACAAGAAGUUUCCGAUCCUGGCCGGGGACGACGAUGCGCCAUUCUGGCAGGGCUGGGCCAACCUGCGGCUCAAGACGUUUCAGCUCAUCGAGAACAAGUACUUCGAGACGGCCGUCAUCACGAUGAUCCUGCUGAGUAGUUUAGCUUUGGCCCUCGAGGAUGUGCAUCUUCCCCACCGACCGAUCCUGCAAGACAUUCUGUACUACAUGGACAGGAUAUUUACGGUGAUAUUUUUUCUAGAGAUGUUGAUCAAGUGGUUAGCUCUAGGUUAUCGGGUGUACUUUACGAACGCCUGGUGUUGGCUUGAUUUUAUUAUCGUCAUGCUAUCGUUGAUCAAUCUGACCGCCAUCUGGGUCGGGGCGGGAAACAUUCCGGCAUUCCGCUCGAUGCGUACCCUGCGAGCCCUGCGCCCUCUGCGUGCCGUUUCGCGCUGGGAGGGUAUGAGAGUCGUCGUAAACGCGCUGGUGCAAGCUAUACCGUCCAUCUUCAACGUGCUGUUGGUGUGUUUGAUCUUUUGGUUAAUUUUCGCCAUUAUGGGUGUGCAGCUGUUUGCUGGCAAGUACUUCAAGUGCGUCGACAAGAACAAGACUACGCUAUCGCACGAAAUCAUCCCGGACCAGAACGCGUGCAAGGCCGAAAAUUACACGUGGGAAAACUCGCCGAUGAACUUCGAUCACGUGGGGAAGGCCUAUCUGUGUUUGUUCCAGGUGGCCACCUUCAAGGGUUGGAUCCAGAUCAUGAACGAUGCGAUCGAUUCGCGGGAGGUCGGAAAGCAGCCCAUCCGGGAGACCAACAUCUACAUGUACCUCUACUUUGUGUUCUUCAUCAUCUUCGGGUCGUUUUUCACCCUGAAUCUGUUCAUCGGUGUCAUUAUCGAUAACUUCAACGAGCAGAAGAAGAAGGCCGGCGGAUCGCUGGAGAUGUUCAUGACGGAGGAUCAGAAGAAGUACUACGCGGCCAUGAAAAAGAUGGGCUCGAAGAAGCCCAUGAAGGCUAUCCCAAGGCCAAGGUGGCGCCCCCAAGCAAUAGUGUUCGAGAUCUGUACCAACAAGAAGUUCGACAUGAUCAUCAUGUUGUUCAUCGGCUUCAACAUGUUGACGAUGACCCUGGAUCACUACAAGCAAACGGAAACGUUCAGCGCGGUGCUCGACUACCUGAACAUGAUCUUCAUCUGCAUCUUCAGUAGCGAAUGUCUGAUGAAGAUUUUCGCCCUGCGGUACCAUUACUUCAUCGAACCGUGGAACCUGUUCGAUUUCGUCGUCGUCAUCCUGUCCAUUUUAGGUUUGGUGCUCAGCGAUCUCAUCGAGAAGUACUUCGUUUCGCCCACACUGCUGAGAGUGGUGCGUGUGGCCAAGGUCGGUCGAGUGUUGCGUUUGGUUAAGGGUGCCAAGGGUAUCCGGACACUACUGUUUGCCCUGGCUAUGUCACUGCCGGCGCUGUUCAACAUCUGUUUGCUACUGUUCUUGGUUAUGUUCAUCUUCGCCAUUUUCGGCAUGUCGUUCUUCAUGCACGUGAAGGACAAGAGCGGCCUGGACGAUGUGUACAACUUCAAAACGUUCGGGCAGAGUAUGAUAUUGCUCUUUCAGAUGUCCACAUCGGCCGGUUGGGACGGAGUGCUGGAUGGUAUCAUCAACGAAGAAGACUGCUUACCGCCAGACAACGACAAGGGUUACCCGGGUAAUUGUGGGUCAGCGACCAUCGGCAUCACCUACCUGUUGGCAUAUCUUGUUAUUAGUUUUUUGAUCGUUAUCAACAUGUACAUCGCUGUCAUCCUCGAGAACUAUUCGCAGGCUACGGAGGACGUGCAGGAGGGUCUGACGGAUGAUGACUACGAUAUGUACUACGAAAUUUGGCAGCAGUUCGAUCCGGACGGCACUCAGUAUGUGCGGUACGAUCAGUUGUCGGAUUUCCUGGACGUGCUGGAACCGCCGCUGCAGAUCCACAAACCUAACAAGUACAAAAUUAUCUCGAUGGACAUUCCCAUCUGCCGAGGAGAUAUGAUGUUCUGCGUAGAUAUUCUGGACGCCCUGACGAAGGACUUCUUUGCGCGGAAAGGAAACCCCAUCGAGGAAACGGCCGAGUUGGGUGAGGUCCAGCAGAGGCCGGAUGAGGUGGGCUACGAGCCGGUUUCCUCGACGCUCUGGCGUCAGCGGGAAGAGUACUGUGCACGGCUGAUACAGCACACGUGGCGGAAGUACAAGGAAAGAGGAGGUGGAGGCGGAGGAGGAGGAGGUGCCGGAGGAAGCGAAGAUAGCGGUCCCGGAGAGGACACUGACGCCGAUGCCUGUGAUAAUGACGACGAACGGGGCGGAGGAUCCGGAACCGGCGGAAGUGGAGCGGCCGGCACCGGUAGCAUUGGAGGUGGCGGAGCAACGACUCCCGGCUCCGGCGGUGGAGGCGGAAGUAGUUCUCAGGCUAAUUUAGGUAUAGUAGAUCACCAUCUAUCACCCAAGGAAUCGCCCGAUGGCAAUAACGAUCCUCAAGGCCGUCAAACGGCCGUCCUAGUAGAAAGUGAUGGAUUUGUAACUAAAAACGGUCACCGUGUCGUGAUACACUCACGAUCGCCAAGUAUAACUUCACGAUCGGCGGAUGUCUGAGCCAGGCCUCGCCCCCCUCUCUCUGAUUCAGAUUCAGAAGCACGACAGAAAUAAUAUUUAAGGGAAUAAAAGAAGUACUCUUAAAACAAAACCAACAAAAAUAUUCAAUAAUGAAAGGGAAAGCCGACUGCCAUAUAAUAAAUUUAAUUAUUUAACAAAAGGAACAAAAUCUUUAAUCGCAUAAGAACAAAAGAUCCGGAGAAGGGAAGAAAGAAGAACAAAAUCCCGAUGACGUGGAAGGUCACGAUGAUCAUCAGCUAGAACGCGUAAAAUCUCAUGGGAAGACCACCACCACCAAGAACAACAACAGCGAAACAACAGCGUACAGCCGCCAUGAAGGGACCUGGAAAGAUCAACAUAGCUCAACUAAGAAAGAACAAGCAAAAACGAGAACUUGACUACCACCAGCAGCAGAUUACGCAAACACACAAUCACAAAGCUCUCAAUCAACAUCCGGAGCAACACGUGUAAGUGUGCGAGCGUACAUCGAUACUCACACGAAACGGAACGACGAACAACUCUUCAGCAAAAGGUUAUGGAAAAGGCAACUUAUUGUCCGUUUCAGUUGCCAGGAAUCGUUUACUUUUCGGUUUACAGUCAACAAAUACUUCCCCAACCGUUAAACCAAACCGAAAUCAACCAAAACCUUGGUUCGUUUUCAUCCGGACCACCAUGGAUUUUGUUGUGUUUUUAUUUUUCGACAGAAACCAUUUUACAAAAAAAAAAUUACGAUUCUGACCUUACGAACAAACGAAGCUCACAAAAACCAAACUUUACAAACACGAUAUUGCUGGGACCGUACGCGAUCGGAGAAGAACUCUUAAAAUCUCUUGAUUCCAACCAGUAAAGUGUACACGAACGGAAUCUCUAGUGUUUUCAAACUAAUGAAAAAUGUUACCGAGGUUCGAAAGCGUGCAAUCGUUGAAAGCGAAAUCGAAAAAACAACAAAAUGGUAGUGAAAGUGAACGAACAAUAAUAAAACCAUACAGCGAACAACACGACACGAUUCAAUAAGCAAAACACACGAGUGCAUAGAAGAACAAUUACAGUGUGAUGUGAAGUAGUGAGUCGGACAAAAUUACGAAAGCAAAACAAAGAACAUUCAUCAAAACCCAGUGUGAUAUGUAAAAUAGCAAAACUAAACCGAAAAUCCUAGGUAAACAAAUGACACCGAAGCAAGACAUUUUUCUAACGAACUGUGCAAAUGUGUGAUCAAGCAGAGGUCAUUACUAGUGAGUUUAAAAACAAACUGAGAGAACAAUCACUUAAAACCGAAACCAAAACCAAACCCAAUGGAUGCUGCGAUUGAAGAAAAAAACAAUCUAGUGAACAAGAAUAUUUGAAUACGAAACACCUAGUAGGCGGUGAAAAUCAUAUUUUAACCAACAAAACAAAAACCCAACAAUAUUUCUAGGUUCAGUUCUAACACCAUGUGACAACAACCAACACACCUUCUAAUCCGAAAACGUAAACGAUGUUUGUGUUUCUCAGCGGACUCAGCACAGUUUAUCAAGACGAAGAGAAUACACCACACACGAAGUUUGUGUGUUUUGGAGAGAUGAGAGCUAAUUCUGCUCUCUUUCUCUCUUCAACAAAACAUUCAAAAAGGUGAGCGGCAAAACGAUAACAAAAACAACAACAUCUGUGAGAAAUGAAAGUGAAAACGGGAGAGUCUGAGCUACAUCAUCCAGACAAAUAGAAGAAGAAGCAGGGAGAGAGCAAUUAAGUGAGAGUAUAAUAUAAAAGUCCAUUCUCGGAAAUACAAUCAAACAAAGGCGAAAAUGCGCUUUCCGGGUCGUCCACCUGAAUCGGUUGAGUUUUAAGAAGAAGAAAAAGUAAACAGAAGAAACCAAAGCUGAAGUGAUCUGAAUUCUACCAUUUAAAUAGGUAAACGAGGCGAAUUUUGGGGAAUUUUCCAGAAAUAAAUAAAAGCUUCGCCGGACACACAUACACAUACAAAAAAUGUGAAUAAAGUGAGAUUUAUGCAAGAACAAAACAACAAAGAGAUAAAUAUAUUAUAUUGGCUGCAGCAAGAUCAUACAAGUCAUCAUGAGCAUUUUUGUGUUUAGUUUUCGAAGGAGAAGUGCGGAGGAGUAAGGGAAACAAACUAAAAACUUGUAAAAACAACACACUCACACAAAAAGAAUCAAACCUUCUAAGAAAACGGCAUCGCUGCGAUAAUGUUAAGGCUUUUUAUAUUAUUGAUAAGAGACUAAAACAUCGCACAGGUUUUGUUGAGACUAUUGACGAGUAAAAAAAACAACAACCAGGAGGAUUUAUAAAGCGUCAACAACAGCAAGAAGCUUCUAAAAUCAUUAUUAAUAUGUUUCUGCGUGCAAUAAAGAAAGUACUGUAAUUAUUAUAUAAUACAUACUAAUUUGUAAAUCAAACGCGAGGGGUUGGGGCGAGCCUUUAAUUAUAAAUAAAAAAAACACUAGUCAAGCUUUUCAAAUAUUAUCAUUAAAGAAUAACAUAAUAAAUUUAAAACAAAAUAACAACUAACUGUAAGUAAGGUUAAGUAACAAUUUUUGAACAUUAUCCCACGAAAUGAUGUUCGGUAAAUCAAAAACAAAAACCAAAAAAUAACAAAAAAGAAAGCAUACAAAACGCGAAUCUAUUUUUUUAAAAAACAAAUACCCACAUUUUCACUUACUCAAUAACUUAACAACAAAAAACAACCAAACAAAAAGCCCACACUCACACACAUUACUACAUAUUCACGACAACAACAAAAACAAAAUCAACAACCAGCAAAAAAAAAACGAACGAAUUGAAAUUUUUGUUUCUUUCCUAUCAUUAGGUACGUGUAUUUUCUCGAUCCAAUUUAACAAACGACACAAAGAAAAACAAACACUUAAAAACCGAUCAUUUUUUCUGUGCGCCAUUUUUUUCUGAACGAAAACACACCGAAUUCGGAUCGGAUUGGUAACGUGCUCUCACUUUUCUGAGAGUGCAAAAUCGAGGUCACUCACUCACCUACUCUGUUUAUCGUUGGCUCUCAAACGUUUGUUUUGUUACUAUCGCAAAAAGAAAAAUCGCUUUUUUCGAGUAUCGUCAAAACAUUCUCGCUUUUCAGUAAUCGCGUGUGCAUUUCUCUUACAUCGAAGAGCACUUUUAAAACGUCAUUUUUGCAUAAAAACAUUCUCACAUUCACUCAAAACGUUGCCCAAAUUGGAAGAAAACAAAACAAAUAUAAACAAAAAAGCGUGAGUGUCGCUAAACGGAAUGAGUGAUUGAGUGACCUUGAUUUUAUAACUCACGGCGGAAGUAGUUGAGUGCGAUCCGAAUCGAUCCAAACGGAAGUGUGAACUAAAAGUGUUAAAAACCAGAACAAAUCAGCACUCAUCUGCUUUAAUGAAGGAAGCACCGGGGCGAAUGCGUUUUGCACGCGGCAAAAAGCAAAAGUGUGCGCGUGCGUGAAGCAAACAAACCAAAAAAAAACUAGCAAAAUAAAAGACGCAAACGCAAAUAAGCAACAAAAAAUAACAAACCAAACAAAAAAAUCGCUUCUUUGUUAAUAUGGGAAAAAGACGAUAAAAAAAGGCAAAAAAAACAAAACAAAAGCAACCAAAAAGAACACACUUACAUUUUUAGCUAUAUACAUAUUGUAAAUUAUUAAAAGUAAUUAAAAAAGAGAGAAAGUAUGCAGAGAAGGUAAACAAUAAUUUAAAUUUAAAAAAGAGAAAAACCAGAAGAUAGAAACAAAGUAAUUGAAACGAGAAAGUAAGAAGAAGCGCACGUAAGUAGAAAACGUUAGAGGGCGACCAGCUAGCCAGUCGGGAGAGUAGUAGUGUGAGAGUAUUUUUUUAAAAACCAAAACAAAAAGAAACAAUGUUUAUCUACGACGCUACUGAGCAAAUGUUACAACUCGAGAAGUCAGAAGUAGGAAGGAAACUAUUUUUAAUUGGUAUAUUUUUUAUCAAUUCUUGGAAGAACAAAAUACAAAACAAAUCAGCAUAUUUAUUGCGAUGCCAUUGUGUGAGAAUUAGCCAGCAGCAGCAAGCAGCAUUCAAGAUAGCGUUUAGCAGCCGAAUUACAGGAUAGCAAAGAAUCGGAAGUUUAGUUUUUUCGAACUGGUAGCCGCCGUCAGGAAUCCGGACAGGAGGAUGGAUGUUACAUAUGUACAUUUCAGAAAAAAAAAACUACACAUACACAAAAAGACACACACAUACACACACACUCAAAGAACCAGAGGAUGCUGACCGCAUUUUAGGUUACGUUUUGUCAUUCGAAAUAACAGUAGUAGAGGAGCAAGUUUAAUUCAUUCUUGUAAAAUGCUUAUUGCCAUAAUAAUUGGUGAACAAAUGGAGAAAGCGACGUGCAGCAAAAAACAAAAAAAAGUAAACAAAAAAAAAAACAGAACCAUACCAAAGAUUUAACUAUAAAGAGCGACUAGUUAGAAAACAAACCAAAAAGAAAAACAAAAACAAAAAAGAGAUAGCGCAAGAAAAGAGUAGUAGUCAGAGCGAGUACGAAAGGAGGAAAAAAACACACACAGACAUUUUAUGCAUCGUCGAUAACAAAUUGUUUCUUGCCAUCAGAACGAACGAACACAGACGCGAAGAGAGAAAAAGGAAUCGAAACGUCGUGAGAGAGAUCGAACUAACCGCAAACUGUCACCGAGAACCUCGCUUGAAGUCAUUGUCUAACAGAGAGAGAACGAGAGAGAGAAAAAAAAUCAAACCCUGCUUAACAAAACACAACCGAUGCCAACACACCACGACACACCAUUGUUGUCUUGUUGCGAAACAUCAACAAACAAACAAAAAACAAUUGCCGCGCUAAGAACGCCAUUCAUUCGUCCAUCUUUUUUGCACUAACACAGCAACCCACGCAAACCGCAACACUUAUUACGAAUAAAACGAUGCGCAAUGUUUACUAAAUAGUAGUUGUUUGGAGCAAGCAUUAGAGAGACACCCCUCGGAACUAACACACGGACUCACGCAUACUAAAUCAAACACUGAAGCAUUCAAGCAUGAAAGUUUAAAAAAGAUAUACAUUUAUAAUAAUAAAAUGCAAGCAAAAGAGAGCGAGAGAGAGAAAAAAACAUUAAAACGUAAUAAAAAAAAUGCUUCAAAUAAAAGUAAUAAUAAAUGUUAAAAGAAAAAAAAUCGACGGGAGUGCCAAUCCCCUUUGUCCACAAAGAAACAACAAUUUCAGUGCCUUUUUUCAAGAGUGUAUGAAAGAAAAAAAAAACAACCGUUUAAGAAAAUUUAAGCAUAACAAAUAUAGGAAGCAGUAAAUUUAAUUUGCGAGUGUAUUAAAAGCAAAGCAAACAAAAAAGAAGUAUUAUAACACGUAAGCAAAAAGCGCGCAGUCCCAAACGAUAUUGUAUAAAUAAGCGAAUAAAUCUCCACAAUCAAGAACCCAUGCAGCAAAAGGAACCGAGAUCGAGAGAAGCGCUCGGAAAUGCGAUCAUCUCAAAGCUUUAACCACCAAUAGAAGUCAUCAUUCCAGAUACUGGACGAAAAUAGAAAAAUAUCACCAACAGUGGCGCAGAGAGAACCGAGAGAGUUUCAAAGUUGGCGCCCGAAUGCGGACCACGCUCUCUCCCAGAGGAACUCAUUUAGAAGAUGGAAUCAAAACGCCCACUUAAACCCAAUUUUAGAAGGAGCUCAUCGCAUCAACUCUUAACGACUAACGCUAACGCUUGGCUUAUAUCCUCAUUCGUUUGUUAUGGUUAAGCUUAGCUUGGUAGAUUACAUACAGACAGAUACACAAGCAAGUAACAACAGUGCAUCCCGAAUCGAAUGUUUUUCGUCCCCUUUAAUGCUUCAAUCGCUAUUGAGAAAAAAAACCAAAAACAAACCCCCGUAGAAAGCUAAAGCAUUCGAAUAAAAAAUCUCGAGAAUCACAAAAUAGUUUAACAAUAAUGAUAAAUUUAAUAACACUAAGCGCCUGCUGCAUCGUAGAGAAAGAACGAGAGCGAAGGAGAUAAAUAAGAUGGGAGAAAAAAAAACAAAAAUCAUGCUGUCCACAAUAGUUGUUUGAUGAACUUUGACUCUAGAGAGCGUGUACAAAGCGUAAGUAGCAGAAGCAGAGUAGUCGAUCGAGCGAAGAAGAAGAAAAAAUACACUCAUACACACAAGCUCAUAACGCAACAACAAUCCAGAAAUAUAGAAAAACAAACAAAGCCAAAGCACCACUCCCUACCAAAGUAAGAGAGAACGAGAGCGAGAGUAAACCGACAAAGGAAAAAAAAA